AUGAUAAAUAUAAAUUACAAAGAUGAAAUUGGAAAUCAUUCGGAUUUAAUUUGUAUUUUAAAUGUAGACGUUGUACAAAAUCAUCUAAUAUUGAAUCAACUCUAUUCUUAUCACACCUAA